GUAUCCGUGACGGUAUCAAUCCUCACCCUGACCUUCAUAUCUAUCGAUCGAUGGUACGCCAUCUGUUUUCCAUUGAAAUUCAAAUCAACCACGAGCAGAGCCAAAACAGCCAUCGGGAUCAUAUGGAUAGUCGCACUGGCUUGUGAAAUCCCUGAGCCGAUCUACCUCACGGCAGUGCCCUACAAAGAAUCCUUCACAUACUUCACGCAAUGCAGCCCUACCUGGUCCACAGAGACAGACACUGCCUUCAUGAUCAUCAAAAUGGUAUUCUUCUACCUGUUCCCAUUGCUUUUUAUGUCUGUAGCCUACAUCCAGAUCAUCAGGGUGCUGUGGAAGUCGGGAAAUGCACCUCAUCAAGCCAUGGAUUUAACCGGAAGCAGAUCUGGCCAGGUGAACACCUUUGCCAUGAAUAUGAAUGCCAGCACAGAAGGACAACUCCGCUCCAGAAGGAAGGCAGCGAAAAUGCUGGUAGCUGUGGUCGUCAUGUUCGCAUUCUGCUUCCUCCCAGUUCACUUGCUUUCUGUACUCCG